AUGUUGGUUCGCAUCGAUGGGAGGUAUAGCCUAAAAGAGAAAGUUGGAUUGGGCUCAUAUGGCGAAGUCUAUCGUGCAAGCGACCUUGUAUAUAGCCACGACAUUGCAGUAAAGAUCGAGCCUGAAAGCAUUGAUCCCUCUGUCUUGAAGUACAAACACCAUGUUCUCCAUCAGCUUGAUGGCAUAACUGGUAUCCCUAGGGUGCAUUGGUUUGGGUAUGAGGCCAGAUACAACACUCUUAUCCUUGAUUGUCUUGGCCCCUCACUAGAGGAUGUAUUCAACUCCUGUUGCCGCUCUUUCAGCCUCAGUACUAUUGCAUUAAUCGCGGACCAAUUGAUUUGUCAUCUUCAGCACAUUCAUACUCGCAACUUCAUUCACAGGGACUUGAAGCCCAGGCAUGUAUUGAUUGGCAUCCGAAAUAACACCCACAUCAUCUACCUGAUCGAUUUUAGCCUCUCCAAGCAGUACAGAGAUCCAAACACACAUAUUCACGUUAUGCCCGGCCAUACCACUUCCUUUAUUGGCACCCCUGCCUUCACUUCCAUCAAUAGCCAUCUUGGACUUGAGUUGGGACGACGCAAUGAUCUCGAGUCACUCGUAUAUUUAUUAAUAUAUCUUGUCCAUGGAUGUCUCCCAUGGUUAGACCAUGAAAUUACAACUGACAACACGGUCCUCAACAUGAAACUCAAUAUGGAUGAGCUAUGUCGUGAUCUUCCCUGUAAGUUUCACCACAUGCUCGACUACUUAUGCAGCCUUGCAUUCCAUGCUAAACCAGACUACGACUACCUUCAAGCACUGGUUCAAAAGCUUCAUCCAAGCUCAUCCAAGGCAGAAGCUGCCUUACUAGACUGGCUUCCUAAAAUCAAAUCAGAAACAACUGUGUUGCAUCAACUGGAUGAGACAAGGGCUGCAUCACGGAGUGUAGAAACUUGUUUGCAGUUGUAA